GUGAUUCAUACAAUGAUUCGGAUGCCGUUAGUGAGAUUCUGCAUGAAGAUGGCAUGACUCUGGAUACUGAGGAUCUUCUUAGCUUCUCCUACCAAGUAGCCAAAGGGAUGGAUUUCUUGGCAUCCAAAAACUGUAUUCACAGAGACCUGGCAGCCAGAAACAUUCUCCUCACCCAAGGCCGAGUGGCCAAGAUCUGUGAUUUUGGACUAGCCCGGGACAUCACUACUGACUCAAACUAUGUUGUUAAGGGCAAUGCUCGUCUCCCGGUGAAGUGGAUGUCCCCCGAGAGCAUCUUUGAGUGCGUGUACACCUUUGAGAGUGAUGUCUGGUCUUAUGGUAUCCUGCUAUGGGAGAUCUUCUCUCUCGGGAGUAGUCCUUACCCGGGUAUGCCUGUGGACUCUAAAUUCUAUAAGAUGAUCAAGGAAGGAUUCCGAAUGGAGUCACCGGAGUUUGCCCCGACUGAAAUGUACGAGAUCAUGCACUCAUGCUGGGAUGCCGACCCCUUUAAAAGACCUUCAUUUAGCAAGAUAGUGGAGAAGAUUGAACAGCAAAUCUCAGACAGCACCAAACAUAUUUACUUAAACUUCAGUUCUAGGUUGCCCGUGGCACCGGGGUCCCGUGAGGAGUCCAGUUCUCACAUCCAGCGGCUAAACUCAGUCGGCAGUCACAGCACCACCACUCAACCCCUGCUCUCCAGCAACGAUGUCUUCUUGGAAGGGACAAGUCCACUUCACCCUCUGGUGUGAAGCUCCAAUUCUCAGCAAAAACCUGGCAUUCUGGCAGAUGCCAUUCAUCUCUCUUUGCCCUGGCUAAGCGUCAUUGUAGCUGUCUGACAUACAUGAGGACUUUGGUGGGAAGCACUGAUCAUAAAUCUCUUUUUGGAUCCAAGAGCAGUCAUAUUCUUUCCAUUCAACUUUCUCCCAGAUUGUGUAUAUAAGCCCCCCUGCCAGAAAGGACAGUGAUGGAGUGCAUUCCUAUUAACAUUUCAUGUAUUCUUUGGAAUUGUGGGAUAUUUUGAAUUUUUGAGAAAGCUAAUAAUCAAUGCUGGUAUCAUUCCAUGGUACUAUAUCUCCAACGUGAGUCUGCAAGAGGACUGAACUUAUUUUCUAUCAAAUUCCUUUGCUUCAUUAUAUGGGAUAUAUAUAUAAACACAAAAAUGCUUCUUUUGCUAACUGUCGAGUCUUUACAAGUGACAGAAGUCAAUCAGGCUGAUUCAAGUCAUCAUCACAGCGAAAACAAUAGAAAUUAGACUUUCCCAAAACAUCUCUGUUUGACAUGACUGUCAGUAGCAAAAGUGUCUGGCAUGAGCAUUAACCAGUUAUUUUCCUAUCAACUAUUUCGCAGGUCGCAGGCAGCUCAUAAAUUCAAAUAUCAAACACAUAAAAGGCUACACUAUUUGGGAAACUAUAUGUAUAAGCAGCAAUAACAGCAUUGUAACAUUGACUGCAUGAUCAUGUUGCUGCACAAGCCAAAAACAAGCUACUUAUUGCAUGUUUUGUGCAGGAUAGUAUUUUGUCAGUUGGCAGCUGAAACUGUUUUAUGUUUAAAUAGACCAAAUUAAGGUGCAUUUCAGUUCACUGUCAGGAAAGGUGUUGAGACACGAAGAGGCAAUUCAUCAAUCACAAUUCACGGUUUACUUUAAACACUCAGUGAAAUAUUGGUUACAUAGCAGUAUUAUAUUAUUGGCUUGUGUUGUGUUUUUCCUUUCAACCAGGAAGUGUAAUUUGGGAGCGCAAAAUGAUCCACUCAAGCAGUAAUUCAAGCUUGAGGCAUCAAACUUUUAGACAGUGUUUCUUUUAGGGAUCACAGUAGACAGUUUCUUCCACUUCUCCCAUGUGUUUUAAGAAAAAUAUUUGGAAAGAAUACUUAUUUGUAUGGCACAGACGUAGCUUGUUUAAAACACUUUUGAAAUGCUUCUUUGAGUAGUUUAACUCAUGAUGUGGUUCCGUGAUGGUGGACUGUACAAGAUCAGUAGCUUCUGUGGCAUCGGUCCUGUUCUUUAUUCCAGAGUGAUUCCACAUUCUAUGCUCCAUGAAACUGGAAGACAUAGCAAGUAGUGUUCUUUUGUACAUUUGUAAAUGUUUUGCUUCUGUUAUGUCCAAUUUUGUACAUAAAAAGUAAGGUGGGUUUUGGUAGUUUCAAGUAGAGACCGCUCUGAGAUUAUGUCGUCGCUCUGCUUUCUCGUGUUUGCAGAAAUCGUGGGUUAUCGUUUCCUGCAGACUUGACUCAGUUUGUCUGACUUCUACUUACCACACCAACUGUUGUGCCUGAAAUGUUUUCUCUGCUCUUUAGCCAAUGAGAAUCGUGAUGUUGAAGGUUGAGCCAAUAGAAAGCUGCCUCUGCUGUGUAGAAAUGGGUGCCAAUGGCUUCUUGUUCUCUGUAGGAGUAGCCAAUGAAGGAUCUGCCAAUAGAAGGGUGGCUUUCAGAUGGAGGACAAAAAGAGCGGCUUUCUGUUACUUAGAUGAGCCAAUAGGAUUCUCAUUCCACUGCCAAAGGGAAAAGGGCAGAGUAUUGGUCCGAAUAUGAGCUACAUACUGAAUGAUUCAGUCGACACCAACCGCAGAACUCAGAGCUGUCCAAACAUCAGUAGUCCGGGCACUCAGUCAGUAGCUCAUUUCCCAGGUCUCCCUCUGUUCUUUGUGUCCAGCUGCUUCCUCCGGCGGAUGUCUCACUUCCACAAAGUCUCAGCCGGGGAAAUCCAACUUAGCCCGUCUCCCAUCUCCACUGCUCACCCCCUCCUUCUCGCCACACUGGAACAUUGUUCCUGAUGGCACUAGCUUUCGCUUUCAUUUGCGCUAAUGUGUUUUGCGUGUCUGCGGGAGCGUGUAUGAAUGUGUAAAUGCAGGUCAUUUGCUGUUAAAAUACCAGAGCACUGAUGGGUUCCUCUAGUAGAACGACUGUAGUUAAUGAACUUCAGAUUGUUUAAAUUAUAGUGCUGAAGCCAAUGAUGUUCAGCCGCUACAUACUUACCAUCACUGUUUGCUCUUUUCCUAUAUGUAAAUCAUAAUGUUGCUUCUUGUUUUGUUAUCACGGUACGUUCUCUCAUGUGCUGAAAAGAUUUUUGUAUGUUACAGUUUGUCAUUUCCAGUUUAUAUAACUUGACAUGAUCAUCUUCUGUGGUUAUUUUGCCUCUUGAUUCAUUUAUUCUUAAGUGCAGUUUUCAGACACACACCAGUACAGUUGGAUAUAUAUUUAAUCCAUUAACGUUAUAUUAAGCGCCGCUUGUCGUUUCAGUAUUUUCAGUGAUUGUAUGACCGAUAACUGGAGGAACAUAUGUGACCCUGGACCACAAAACCAGUCUUAAGUCGCUGGGGUAUAUUUUUAG